AUGUGGGCUUUGAAGAAAUUGAAUAUUAAUUGGGAAGAAGUGACGAAGCUCAAGUUGUUUCAACUAAAUGAGAUGGAUGAGUUUCGGUACCAGGCGUAUGAGAGUGCAGCACUAUAUAAAGAGAGGAUGAAGCAAUAUCAUGACAAGAAAAUCCUGAAGCGAGAGUUCUACAAGGGUGAUCCUGUCUUGCUGUUUAACUCUCGGUUGAAGUUGCUACCGGGUAAGCUAAAAUCAAGGUGGUCUGGUCCAUUUGAGGUGGUAGGUGUUUCACCCCAUGGAGCGAUUGAGUUGAAGUCCGGAGAUGGAACUCGGACAUUUAAGGUGAAUGGGCAGAGGGUGAAGCACUAUCACGGGAUGGUGUCGGGAGAUAAAAUUGUUGACCGAUACCGGUUGAAGCACCUCGGAAUGAAUAAUGACCUGGUGUACGCAGAUAAGGAGUGA